UCCAACCCACCAUCAAUUUUACUCUCUCACCCACCUUCCUCUCGAUUAGGGUUUAUAACCCUCGCGAUCCUCUUCGCCGUUGUUGUCGUCCCUUUUUUUCCGACUCAUUUUUUCCAGUGAUGUCGUUCGCCCCACGCUUCCCUGCAGUGGCGGAGGGCCGCUCCCCCCUCGAGAGGUAUCGUUUACGCUCUGUGGAUGGGUUUUCAGAGUUGUUUAGUGACUCUAACGAUUCCUCCGAAUCGGCCGUCGUCGAUGCCUUUUUCGUCCCCGAUUUCUCUGGAUCUACUACCACGAACACUAAUCCCAUGGUGCUCCAUGGAUUCGCCCAUGAUUCCGAGCCGGAGGUUGAUUCCAGUGUUGCCCUUGUUCGAGCCAGGCGAUCGCUAUUUCGGAUACCUUCUUCGUCGACCUAAGGUAGGAUCGAAGUGGCUCCAUUCAGUUGUUCUUCUACCCGUGGAGUUGUCAUCGAUAUGCUUCGUAUAUAUUGCCCUCUCGCCGUCGAGCCACUGGAGUACGGUGUUGGAGGCAAAACUGAAAAUCAUUUGGGUAAAUGAUUUACUAUCCUACAUGUUGGAUGGUAUGAUCUCUACAUGUGAGAUUCUUCGUUCUCGUCAUUUGAGGUGAAAAAUAGGGAGAUGAAUGUAAUUGGUGUUGCACUGUCCGUGGCCACAAGUGGAUGUAUGUUUGUGAAAAAAUUGUGUGUUCACAUUAUUUAAGUGUAAUAUUGUCUAUUGAUAUUAAUUAUGUAUUAAACAACUAUAUUAUGCGUUUUUGAAUUGAUUAUGUAUUAAGUAAUGUAUAUUUUUAAAAUUAGA